AUGGGACAGUUCCACUCUACUGCAAGCCAGGAGGAGCAUGGAAACACGGACGAGGGAACAAAGGCAGAUUAUUACAAACUCCUCCAGGUAGAACAGGAUGCCACUGGAGAUGAAAUCAAGAAGGCAUAUAGAAGAAGGGCCUUGGAGUUGCACCCUGAUAGAAAUUAUGGCAAUGUGGAGGCUGCUACAAAACUGUUUGCAGAAGUCCAAUCUGCUUAUGAGAUCCUGUCAGACCCCCAAGAGCGUGCUUGGUAUGACUCUCACCGCAAUAUGUUCAUAGGGGGUGGGGGAUGGGAAGAAGUGGACUAUUCGUACAACACCCGCAUGACAACUUCUAACGAGCUCUUCAAGUUGUUUUCGAGAUUUAACCCUCGGAUGGAAUUCACUGACUCUUCAGACGGAUUCUAUGGUGGACUUCGAGAAGUUUUUGCUAGGCUUGCUUCGGAAGAAAGAACAGCCUGUCAAUGGGACAAGAUCGAACCCACAGAUUAUCCAACAUUCGGCUUUCGUGAUGAUGACUUCGAAGAAGUGGUGCGACCGUUUUAUGCUGCGUGGACUGCUUUUUCUACGAAGAAAUCUUUUGCAUGGAAAGAUGUUUAUCGGUAUUCUGAAGCUCCAGAUCGCCGCGUUCGUAGAUUGAUGGAGAAGGAAAACAAAGCACGCCGAGAAGAAGCAAUCCGCGAGUUUAAUGGGGCUGUUAGGUCGCUUGUGGCUUUUGCAAAAAAGCGUGACCGUCGAUACAAGUCUAAUAUCCAAAGUGAGUUACAGCGACAACAAGUUCUACGCCAGUCGGCUGCAGCUCAAGCUGCACGAUCGCGGGCAUCGAAUUUGGCAAAUUUGCGCGACCACGUCGUACAGGACUGGGCUCAAUCAGAGGACCUUCAAGAGGAUGAAUCUGAUAUAUCUGCUAACGAAAUGGAGCAUUUUGUGUGCGUCGUGUGCAACAAGCAAUUCAAAAGUCAGAAUCAAUUUGGCGCUCACGAACGUAGCAAGAAACAUUUAAAGGCUAUUAAGCAGCUUCGCUGGGAAAUGAGGGCACAAGAUAAACAGCUUCAUCUGGAAGGAAUUUACGAUCACGAGAAAAGGUUUCAUGCAAAGGGAGCAGCCCAUACAAAUCCAACAUCCGCAAUAUCAACCAAUGCUAGUCUAUAUGAACCUCAACCAGUCGAUGAGCCACUGAGCAACAGUGCUAGUUCCAAUAUUGAAGACGGGCUAGAAUCAUCUUUUGGGAAACAUAUUGGCAUUACUGAGUCACGGAACGAGUUCCAUGGACAUACAUCUAGUUCUGGAGACUGUUUAAGUUCGGACAACACAAACUACACAUCGCGGAAAUCGGUCCAGAACAGGCUUCAUGUUGAGCGUGAAAAUGAAUUAAAUGGAUCUAUAAAAAUAUUACCCCAGAUUUUUGAGGACAUCGGGAUUGAAGAUUCGCCACAAUCCAACCGGAGGACACCAGGCAAGGCUAAACAAAAACGGGCUAAAAAAGCCCAACGCCUGAUGGAUCAAACCCAAAGCAUUAAAUGUGCUACUUGCAAUUCCGCUUUCCCAUCUAAGACUCAACUCUUCUCGCACAUUAGAGAAUUAGAUCAUGCACAGCCUCUACCAAUCACCCAUGGACAUAAGAGAAACAAACAGUAG